CCCUCGUCAGAUCUGCCUGCAGGAGCAUCUCUGCAGCAGCAGCAGCAGCAGCAGCCCGCACUAUCCCCGAUCACUCUGCAGGUGCAGACGGCGUUGCGGCUCGGCAGAGACCGGUAAAGCUUCAGGGGUCGGUGCUCCAGGGAAGCCCAGAAACAUGAGACUGCUGUGCUGCGUCUCCAUCCACUUACUCAUCUGUCUCCUUCACUCAAAUGCACAGACGACAUGUGGGUCAAACCAGUUCCAGUGUGGGAAUGGGAAGUGUAUCACGGUGAGGUGGGCGUGUGACGGCGAUGACGACUGCGGAGACGGCACAGAUGAACUUCCUGGAAACUGCUUGUCCAGAACCUGCAAACCGACAGAGUUCAGCUGUGCAGACCGCCACAACAACUGUGUACCAAUCAGCUGGCGCUGUGAUGGAAAAGCUGAUUGUGAGAAUGGAUCUGAUGAGGAGAGCUGCGCUGCCAAGCAGUGCACCGACUCCGAGUUUCGCUGCAGCAACGGCCAGUGCGUCUCGUCCUCCUUCGUGUGUGACGACGAGGCGGACUGUGACGACGGCAGUGACGAGGCCUCCUGUCCUCCGGUGACCUGCAGCUCCACGUCCUUCCAGUGCAACAACACGGUCUGCGUUCCCCGCUUCUGGGCCUGCGACGGCGACGCAGACUGCCUCGACGGCUCGGACGAGUGGCCCCAAAACUGCGGCACGAAGAGCCCCCCGACUCCCGCCGCCCACCAGUGCACCUCCCAGGAGUUCCACUGCUCCAGCGGGGAGUGCGUCCCCGGCAGCUGGAAGUGUGACGGAGAUGCAGACUGCCUAGAUCGAUCAGAUGAACUCAACUGUGCUCAUACCACCUGCCGUCCGGAUGAGUUUGAAUGUGACGAUGGCACGUGCAUCCAUGGCAGUCGCCAGUGCAACCACCACUACGACUGCAGAGACAGGAGCGAUGAAGUCGGCUGUGUCAACGGUACACACCUCAUCCCCGAAAAAAGAGCAAAAUCUCAGAUUUGUGAGCGUAUCAUCUCACCCCGGUGUGUUUAUUCCCACGUCUCAUUCACAGUGACUCACUGCGAUGGCCCGACCAGGUUCAAGUGUCGCAGUGGAGAGUGCAUAAGCAUGGAGAGGGUGUGUGACAGCCGGCGCGACUGCAGGGAUUGGUCAGAUGAGCCUCUUAGGGAAUGUGGCUCCAAUGAGUGCACGUACAACAAUGGGGGCUGUUCUCACAUUUGCAAAGAUCUGAAGAUCGGUUACGAGUGCUUGUGUCCAACUGGAUAUAGACUCGCCGACACAAAACGCUGUGAAGAUAUCGAUGAAUGCGCCAACCCGGACACCUGCAGUCAAAUCUGCAUUAACCAGAUGGGCAGCUACAAGUGCGAGUGUGAGGACGGUUACCAGGUUGACCCGGCAACCAAAGCCUGCAAGGCCAUCGGUACAAUCGCGUACCUUUUCUUCACGAACCGACACGAGGUCAGAAAGAUGACGCUGGACAGGAGUGAGUACACCAGAGUGAUCCCUCGACUCAAGAACGUGGUGGCUCUCGACAUGAACAUGGCCACCGAGGAGAUCUACUGGUCAGACCUGUCCCAGAAGAAAAUCUACAAAACCUCCAUGGACUCGGCUGAAGACUCCUCCCAUCACAACAUCGUGAUCGGCACUGACGUCGACGCUCCUGAGGGAAUAGCUUUCGACUGGAUCCACGGCAACCUGUACUGGACCGACAGCAUUCGCAGCACCGUCUCCGUGGUGACCGCUGACGGGAGCCGCCGCAAAACGCUCUUCCACCAGGACCUGUCCAAACCCCGGGCCAUCGUGGUCGACCCCCACAGCAACUUCAUCUACUGGACUGACUGGGGGAGUUCAGCCAAGAUCGAGAAGGCGGGUCUGAACGGAGGAGACCGCACGGCUCUGGUCACUGACAACAUCGUGUGGCCCAACGGCAUCACCCUCGACCUGCUGAACCAGCGGCUCUACUGGGUGGACUCCAAGCUGCACACGCUCUCCAGUAUCGACGCGCAGGGCGGGGGCCGGCGCACCCUCAUCAUCGACGAGCACAAGCUGGCUCACCCUCUGGGACUCACCGUGUUUGAGGAAAGGGUGUUCUGGACAGAUGUGAGCAACAAUGCCAUCCUCAGUGCUAACAGGCUGACUGGCGAGGGCAUUGCACCCGUGGCCGAGCACCUGUCAUCCCCCGAGGACAUCAUCCUCUACCACAACCUCAAGCAGCCUUCUGGGAGGGACUGGUGUGGCGUAUCUAAUGGCAGCUGUGAGUUCAUGUGCCUUGCAGCCCCCCAAGUGGGCAGACACCCCCCCAAAUACACCUGCGUCUGCCCGGACCACAUGAUGCUGGCGAGGGACAUGAGGUCGUGUGUGCCUGCUGUGCCGACUACGGCAGCUCCUCCACAGCCUCAGGCUCCCACUACCCCCCCUCCACCACGGCCCCCCGUGACACACAGAACCCCAGUAAGGACCACGUUGGAGCCUCGCGUCCGCACCACCGCCGCAGCGCCGGCCGCCCGCACCAGCGCAGCGGCGCCGGCCGUCAUCACCAGGGCCCCUCCCAAGCCGGUGCAGCCGGCCACCCGGCCCCCGGUCAGGACCACCCGGCCCCCGGUCAGGGCCACCACACCUUUACCUCCACCAGAGGCCCCCGGGCUCCAGACAGCGCAGCCUGGCGUCCUGCAGACCACCGCAGAGGCUCCGGCCACCUCUCCAGAUAACCGGCAUGAGGUUGCUGCAGCUUUACCUGAAACCACCUCCACGGCCCCAGUAGCUCUUUAUUUCCUCUUACCUCUGGCUCUGCUCUGCCUGCUGGCUGCUGGGGGUGCGCUGCUGUGGAGGAACUACCGGCUGAAGAGCACCAACACCAUGCGCUUCGACAACCCCGUCUACCAGAAAACCACCGAGGACCAGGUUCACAUUUUGAGGAGCCACAGUCCUAACGGUUACGCCUACCCAAAAAAACAAAUAGUGAGCUUGGAUGAAGAAGCAGACAAUCCCAUUUUUAUUGAGAACUGAGUGGAGGGAGGAGCCUCGGUGAUGAGCUACAUUCAAAGUCCUUCAACAUUUUUACCUCACAGCACAAAGAUAUAGCAGUCAUAGUCUGUAUCUGGCAACACUGAGCCACGGUCAUCCCACAAACAAGCGCUCUGCAGUGAAAAAUCUUCAUCUGAAUGCACAACAGUGUUUUUUUCCUCCGUGAUCUUCUCAUUUCAUUUUCAUAUACAUGAUACUCAAGCUUAAAAAUGAUUGUUUGACGUGGAGAAAGAGUGGUAUUAUUGUGAAGAUUUCUCAAAGGUCAAGUCUUUCAACUUGAUUUGGACUGAUUUCAUGAAACAUUUUGUAAAUAUUAUUCUAAUAGAGACAAUCUGUUGAUGGAUUAUUAUAUUGUGCACUAUUUAUAAUUUAAAUUGAGAGUGGUAAAUGAUCUAAUUGGUAAGCCUGUGGAGGGAGACGGUUACUUCAUACAACUGUCUAUGAUUUCUAGUCUUCUGUUCAGAGCUGAUCUGCUGACAGUGAGGUGAUAUAUUUAUUGCAGUGACUUUUGUCAGCACCUGCGAUGCUAGUUCAGACGCUAGGUUUAACCAUUGUGACCUCGGUGCGCCCCAUAAACAGUGUAUGUGUGAAAUGUUGAGUUUCACACUGGCAACUGAUUCAGUAAGUGUUAAAAGCCGUGAUUUAAAGGGACUGGAAAUCACCGCUGAGGAGAUAGUUCAUGCUGCCUUUGUGCCUUCGACAUAUAUACGCCGUCCGAGACUUCAGAUCCAACAUGAUCCUUUUGAUCCAUGGGGUUGUGUGCAGCUUCUCAACAGCGUCUCCAGGCUGAUCGGCUCUUCCUGGAUUGUACAGUAAUCUUUAUAUCCCCCCCACCCUUUUUUCAGGAGCAGUACAUUCCUUAAAGGCUGAAAAGCUUUAGUGCAGUCAUGUGUGUCGGACCGGGCCUAGUCUAACCCUCCACACCAAGGCCUGUGUGUGUACGUGCUCCCUCAGGACCCGUUUGUCUUAUACUUGCAUUCCUGAUGAAAGUGCUCUUCUCGCCAUGCCAAUGUUUCAGAUCUCUGCAGAUGCCUUUUAACAAAAUAUUUGCCUUAUAUAUUGAUGUUGGUGCUAUUGUGAAGUCGGUGGAUUUGUAUUAAAUCAAGAUGAUGAAGGAUGAGUUAGUGUUGCAUCCAUGGCACGGUUACGGCCAUCAGACCUUCUCGGUGCGGCGGUUAAUCACCGCUGGGAGCGAGAGAAGCACAGACAACCACUAUUGCUGCCAUUUUCUUUCAAUCAUUGGCAACUACAGAAUAAGAAUGUAAAUAUCAUGUUCAUAAAUGUACAUAUUUGUUCUUAACUGGUUUUGUUAAUGAUGUUUUAGCUGUUAAAUACAACAUGAGCCGUUUAUAAAUAAAUGCUUCUAUUUAUUACAGUCAGUUGUUCUGAAUG